AUGGAUAUUGACGAUAUAUUAAAAGAGUUUGAAAGAUCUUCCAGCAAGAAAUUUGAAAAGUCCCUGACCAAUAUUUGUCAGGAACUUACAGAAGCAAUGUUGAAUGAACGAAUGGCUCCCGAGUUAUUACCCUAUAAAGGUUCCCUAAUGAGCACAAUUCUUUCUUACAUAUCCAACCAGCAGCAGCUCCUUCUAGACAGUCAUGAGUAUGGUGACAUGAAUAGCGGUAAUGGUAUAAUAUCGGACGACUUUAAGCUCCGCUUAAUGAUUAUCGAAACAGAUGUUGAACGGCUAAGUUAUUUAGUGAGACUUUACUUACGGACGAGAUUGACCAAAUUGAACAAAUUCACAAUAUACUACGUAAACGAGUCCCAUAACAACAGUGGUGAUGAUGAUAACGAGGAGGAACAAAAGCAACUAUUAUCAGUAGAAGAAAGAGACUACAUCAAUAAUUACUUAAAGCUACUUACUCAGUUGUACAAUAACUGCUUCUUGAAGAAACUCCCGAAUAUUCUAACUUUACUAGAUGACAAUGUAGGAGGUCAGAACAUGAUAACUACACCCGAUACAGACCUGCUUGUAUUUGUCAAAUGUAUACUGGAUGUACCCAUCACUGUGUACAUGGACGAGGAAGAGAUGGACUUGGAAAGAGAUGGGGUUUAUGUAGUAAAAUAUAGCCUUAUCAAGGCAUAUCUUGACAUUGGCGAUGUAAAAUUGAUAUAA